GACGCAGCGGCAAGAGCGACUGCAAUUAUCUGCUCUGCGGCCCCUCGUUCCUGCCGUUCGUGGUGCGAUAGGCAAAGUUGCACAGCUUCAAUUUUAACUAUUUAAAGUCGUGCUCUGGGAUCCUUUCUUGCCCCGAGACACUGCCAAUCCUCUCUUUCUCGAGCCUCGGAAUUGUUGCUCGAGACAGCCCGCAGCUUCAGGCACUUGAUUUGGUAGCCCAGAUACAAUCCCAAUUCGUUGUGGAUAAACCUUUUUACUCUUCCCAGCACCAAACAGCGCCUUCACAAUGGCCGACCACCAGCGAAUCGCUAUUGUCUCGGUCUAUGAUAAGACCGGGCUCUUGGACCUGGCCAAGGGCCUCGUCCAGCAGAAUGUCCGCAUUCUGGCUUCGGGCGGUACUUCCAAGAUGAUCAGGGAAUCGGGUUUCCCCGUGGAGGACAUCUCCGCCAUUACCAAGGCCCCCGAAAUGCUUGCUGGCCGCGUCAAGACCCUCCAUCCUGCGGUCCAUGCUGGCAUCUUGGCUCGCAACCUCGCCUCAGAUGAGAAGGACUUGGCCGAGCAGAACAUUGACAAGGUUGACUACGUCAUCUGCAACCUGUAUCCCUUCAAGGACACAGUCGCAAAGAUCAAUGUCACAGUGCCCGAGGCUGUUGAGGAGAUCGAUAUCGGCGGUGUCACUCUCAUCCGCGCGGCUGCCAAGAACCAUUCGCGCGUCACCAUCCUCAGCGACCCCAAGGACUAUGCUGAGUUCCUGAAGGAGCUUGAGGCCGGCGAGAUCAAGGAGUCGAGCCGUAAGCUGUACGCUCUGAAGGCCUUCGAGCACACUGCCGACUAUGACGCCGCUAUUUCCGAUUUCUUCCGUAAGCAGUACGCCGCCGACGGCCAGCAGUACCUCCCCCUCCGCUACGGCGCCAACCCCCACCAAAAGCCCGCCGCGGCCUACGUCAAGGAGGGCAACCUUCCCUUCAAGGUCCUGGGCGGCGCUCCCGGUUACAUCAACCUUCUGGACGCCCUCAACAGCUGGGCCCUGGUCAAGGAGCUCAAGAAGGCGCUCGGCAAGCCUGCCGCUGCCAGCUUCAAGCACGUCUCUCCCGCCGGUGCCGCCAUUGGCGAGCCCCUGGAUGCCGACGAGCGCAAGGUCUACAUGGUCGAUGACAUUGCCGGCAUUGAGACUUCUGGCCUCGCCCAGGCCUAUGCUCGUGCUAGGGGUGCCGACCGCAUGAGCAGCUUCGGUGACAUGAUCGCACUCAGCGACACUGUCGACGUCCCUACUGCCAGCAUCAUCUCCAAGGAGGUCUCCGACGGUGUCAUUGCCCCCGGAUAUGAGCCCGCCGCUCUGGAGAUCCUCAAGAAGAAGAAGGGUGGCAGAUACCUGGUUCUCCAGAUGGACCCCGAGUUCGAGCCGAGCAAGACUGAGAGCAGGACGGUGUACGGCAUCAACCUGACCCAGGGCCGCAACGACGUCGACAUCUCCCCCGAGUCCUUCAAGAACAUUGUCACCCCCAAGAACGCCGGCCCUCUCUCUGAGAGCGCCCUGCGCGACCUUACCGUCGCCACCAUCGCGGUCAAGUACACUCAGAGCAACUCGGUCUGCUAUGCCGCCCGGGGCCAGAUCGUCGGUCUCGGCGCGGGCCAGCAGUCGCGCAUCCACUGCACGCGGUUGGCCGGUGACAAGGCCGACAACUGGUGGCUCCGUUUCCACCCGCGUGUCCUCGGCAUCAAGUGGAAGAAGGGCACCAAGCGCCCGGACAAGAGCAACGCCAUCGAUCUGCUCGUCAGCGGCCAGCUCCCUAAGUCGGGGCCGGAGCGCAAGCUUUUCGAGGCCGCUUUUGAAGAGGUCCCGCCCGCCUUCACCGAGGCGGAGAAGGACGAGUGGAUGGGCAAGCUCACCGACGUUGUUGUGUCGAGCGAUGCUUUCUUCCCCUUCACCGACAAUGUUUACCGCACCGCCCGUUCCGGCGUCAAGUACAUUGCCGCCCCCAGUGGCAGCCAGAACGACGUGCCCGUCUUCGAGACGGCCGAGGCGCACGGUAUCACGUUCGUGGAGCAGAACAUCCGGCUCUUCCACCACUAAAAGAACCCAUUCCGGGAGAUUGACUUAGAUACCCCGUCGCCUUUGAUUUUUCCAGUUCGAUGUACAAUACGAAACCCCUGCGGGGGGUUAGGGAUGAUGAUUUACGGCUGGUGCGUUGGGUCGGGGAAAAGUUCAACACUUUAGUUUAGAGGGUAGACACGGAAUGGACUGCUUUACGUAUGGUACUCAUCGCUCAG